GAUCCCGUUGCAGAUGAGGGAGGUCGAGGUGGCGGUUGAGUGCCACGUGGAAACGGCGGUGGUCACCGUGAGGGGGCGGUGGAGGGUUCAUUGUGUGAUGGGGAGCCGGAGCUGCGACUGUUGGUUUCUGGUGCCGACGGGUGAGCAGGGUUCCAUUCUAGGUCUCGAGGUUGAUGUCGACGGAACAUCAUAUUCUACACAGGUGAUUCAAAGAGAAGAAGGCCAAAUGCUGGACAUUAAUGAAUCUGGGGGCCUCUUAAAACCCCAAUUAUUUUCUGUAACCAUACCACAGGUUGAUGGAGGAUCUUCUCUCUCUCUUAAAGUCAGCUGGUUGCAGAAGUUAGUGUAUAAAGAUGGCAACUUCACAAUUAACGUACCUUUUCAUUUUCCAGACUAUGUCAAUCCAUCUGCAAAGAUAUUUUCGAAAAGGGAAAAGGUGCAGUUAAAUGUGAAUACUAGUAUCGGAAAGGAGGUUGUAAUCCAGAGAACCAGUCAUGCUUUAAAGGAAGAGCAUCGAAAUGUGGGGACAAUGUCCUUCUUAUAUGAUGCAGUGGUUGACCAUUGGUCAACAAAAGAUUUCCACUUUUCAUACAGUGUUUACUCAAGUGAUAUGUUUGGAAGCAUACUCUUGCAGUCACCAUCAGUGCAUGAUUACGAUCAAAGGAAGGGGUUUUAUCUGUAUCUUUUUCCCGGAAAUAACCCGAGCAGAAUGGUUUUCAGAAAAGAAGUGGUAUUUCUUGUUGAUAUUAGUGGAAGCAUGGAAGGAAAACCUCUUGAAAAUGUUAAAAAUGCACUUUCAUCAGCUCUAUUAGAGCUCAGCUCAAGUGAUAAGUUUAACAUAAUAGCAUUCAAUGAGGAGACACACCCUUUCUCAUCAUCUCUGGAGCUAGCAACAGAGGAAAUGAUAGGAGAUGCCACCCAAUGGAUAAGCAAAAGUUUUGUUGCGGCUGGUGGGACCAAUAUCUUGCGGCCUUUAAAUGAGGCAAUGGAACAACUUUCUGAAUAUCACGAGUCACUCCCACAUAUUUUUCUAGUCACUGAUGGUUCUGUUGAAGGCGAAAGGGACAUUUGCUGUGCUAUGAGAGAUUAUGUGACAAAUAAAGGACCUAUGGCCCCACGAAUUUGCACUUUUGGCAUAGGUACAUACUGUAACCAUUAUUUCCUACAAAUGUUGUCUUCAAUUGGUAGAGGGCAAUAUGAAGCUGCAUAUGACCGAGAUUCCAUUGAGGGACAAAUGCAAAGAUGGUUUAGGAGAGCUUUAUCUCCGAUAAUUGCAGAUAUAAAAGUUGACAUGCUUGAUCAUCUUGAGAUAAUUGAGGUGUACCCUUCCGAUAUUCCAGAUCUUUCUCUUGGAUGCCCUUUAGUUAUAUCAGGAAGAUAUGAAGGCAGGUUUCCAGAUUCUGCUAAAGUUAAAGGUACCCUUGCGGACAUGAGCGUCAUUGUCAUAGAUCUAAAAGUGAAAAAUGUGAAAGAUACCCCCCUGGACAAGGUAGUUGCCAAGCAGCAAAUUGAUGUUCUUAGUUCUCAAGCAUGGUUUUAUGAAAGCAAGCAACUUGAGGAAAAGGUUAUCAAACGAAGCAUACAGAGUGGAAUGCCGUCCGAGUAUACUGAUAUGAUCUUAGUCCAGCAUGAGAUGGAAAAACAACAUGGGAUAAAGCAGUCAAAGAAGCACAAGCAUAAAAAGAACAAAACCAAAGACCCGCCAAUAAUUUUGGUCCAUAGAAUGAAGCUAGGUUUUGGAAAUAUAGCUGCAACUGCGCAAAAUCUCCCUACGGGAUUCAGAGAGCUGAAGCCUCAGGAGGCAUUCGACGUCCUCGAUACUGCUGCCGGAUGCUGCAGCAAGUUAUGUGACAUUUGCUGUUGUAUGUGCUUCAUCAGGAUGUGCUCUAAACUUAAUAAUCAGUGUGCGAUUGCAACGACACAGCUCUGCAUGGCCCUAUCUUGUUUGGCUUGCUUUGAGUGUUGUAGUUUGUGCUGUGGCAGCAGCAACGAUUAGCUGUAUCGUUGUAUAUCGAGAUGUAUUUCCUCGUGUAAACUACCUAUAGUCAGGUUGUAUAAUGUUAAGUAAUAAUAAUGGGUAUUCUGGCCUGCUUUGAUGCUGCUCAGAUUUGCGCUGCGAUGGUGGCGCUGGUUAACCUCAA